GCGACUACUUCCGGUUUCUAAAUCGCUCCAGUAGCGGAAAUGAUUGAAGUCACAGCAAAGUAAUCUGCGCAGCAUUCACUCAUUUAUAUUUCUGUUUACAACAUUAAACUUUAUUAUUAUAGACGUUGAUUGUUGGGAAAAGUGUGAAAUUCAUUUAUGGAGGAGGAACCGACUAUCAUGUGAGCUGGUCAGUUUAUUUACUCUGACAGCGGCGGGUGUGUGUGUGUGAGUGUGUAUGUUGGUCUGCUGGUAUGUUGACGUUAGCCAGUAAGCUGAAGGGGGAGGAGGGGGUCAGGGCCGGCCGGACCCUUGCAGGAUCCAACGAUGCCUCUCACAGAGUGUCCAUCAGGGACAGACUGCUUAUCAAAGAGGUCGCUGAACUGGAGUCCAACCUUCCGAACACCUGUAAAGUGACUUUUCCAGAUGAGAAUAAGCUCCAUCACUUCCACUUGGCCAUUUCCCCAGAUGAAGGCUAUUACCUUGGCGGAAAGUUCCAGUUCGAGAUCGAAGUCCCUGAAGCUUAUAAUAUGGUGCCUCCCAAAGUCAAGUGCUUAACUAGAAUAUGGCACCCAAACAUCGCAGAAACCGGCGAGAUCUGUCUAAGUUUAUUGCGAGAACAUUCAAUUGAUGGCACUGGAUGGGCGCCGACGCGUACAUUAAAGGAUGUUGUAUGGGGAUUGAAUUCACUCUUCACUGAUCUUCUUAACUUCGAUGAUCCACUGAAUAUAGAUGCAGCAGAGCAUCAUCUGCGGGAUAAGGAGGACUUCAGGAACAAAGUUCAGGACUUCAUCAAAAACUAUGCAAGAUGAUGUCUCUGUUUGCCAUGCAGACCUCUCUCACGUGCAUGCGACUCGUGCAGAUGCAGAUGUGCACAGACCCCGUGCAUCCUUACUGCAGAAGAGACUAAAUCUCAAACUUUUAAUGUAACUUGGGGAAAGAAGAAAACUAUUACGUGUACGGAAUGACAAAUCAGGAUUCGGGGGGAGGGAGGGAGGUUGUGGGAUACUCCUGCAGGAUAUUUUCAAUCAAGGUUGCUUUUACAUCCCCCCACAAAGAGAAAAGAAAGUUGAAAAGACUGAUGAUGCAAAUGAGGAUGUUGAACCUCUCUGAUGUCGCCUCCGAUGCUAGUGCCUCUGUGUUCUUGCCACAUAAAACUGGACGUUUGAUUUAAGCCAAUUUCUGCCGUCUGCUUCGUUCAACUUGACAAACACUGAAAUGUAUUUGUUCGCAAGUGAUGUCAUAGAGAUCCCAAAGUUCAUUGGCUCAUUCACGCCGGGGGAGGAGCUCAUAGCACUGAUGUCUGGCAGAAUUCGCUCCUCGCCGGUUGAUUUACGUGCGGAUUGUGUAAAGCCAUUUCUCGUAACUCAGCACCCGCCCUCGUGUAAAAUCACAGCAGUUAUCAGACUACUCGGUAUCACACGCGCGCACGAACAAAAAUCGGAUUAUCUGUGGGUGCCUGUGAAUGACUAAUGCAUCUGUUUUAGUUCGGGUCUGUGAGUCGUUUGUGGGUGAAUCGCAUGAAAAUGUGUUCAGGGCAUUUGUUUUAAACUGAAUCAAAAAAGAAUAAUUUUGUAUAAAGAAAAUGAAACUAGUGUGUUUUUUGCAUUGGUGGUAUUUUAAUGACAGUUAAGCGCUCUUUGGCAACUCGGAUGGUCUUUACCGUUGCUUUAUUAGAGUAAAAAAAAUAUUUUUUUUACCAUCUGUAUACUUUAAAAGCAGAACUUUUUCCUUAUGUCACAGUGAUAUAAAACAUUUUCCCCAUUAUGGUAACAGACGGUGUAAAUGUAGCUUAAUUGUCGUGGAAAUAACACCAUAAUGCAAAAGACAUUCUUUAUGCAAAAUACAAUUUCUGUCCUUUUGAUUUUAGAGUUCACCUGGACGUGUUCUCGACCGGUUUCGUGAGAUUCACCUUUGCUCUUGUAUGCAGUUUCAUCGGUGUAUAAACAUUUAGCUUUAUCCAUGUGUGCAUGUAUACAUGUCGCCGUGUGCUUGUGUUGUGUUUGUGUGGCAGGGAGAGUGUGUGUGGUAUGAAUAUGUGUCUGAUUUGGUAGCAUGCAGUGGGCCGCUCAACCGCUCAGCCACAAGCAGGAUUUACUUUAUUUUAUUUUUUCUCUUUAGAGCUGUAUAUCCAUUUGUAAAGUAUAUUAAAGACAAAUUCUACCAAUAUGGAGGUUUUGGACUAAUUGUAUUUGGAAGCGUUAGCUGUCUUAAAACCUGGUGAGCUGCCUACCUAGACAAUAAUUGUAAUAGUCGGACAGUGCUGAAAAAUGUAUUUUAGGAUGCGUAUUACAUGGAAUGUGCAAAGAGUUGACAUUUUUGUAUAGUAACCAGAGGGGGAUUUAUCAGAUUCAUUGAAACGUAGGCACUAGUAUGUUGAUAGUAAAUCCAAAGAUGGCUAAGAAAAGUGUUUUGAAAAGUUGUUUUUUUCUCCUGCUGAGAAAACUCCUGCUUUGAUAUUUUGUUUUAUACUGCAAUUGUUUCAUUCCACUAAUAUGAUUGGACAAAAGGCAUCCUGUAAUGGCCAAAAUGCUGUCCAAGUUGUAAGACUUGCCUUCAUCUUCACACUAGAUGGUGCUAUUGUUUAAGAAAUGGUUCUGCAUUUUAGUCUCUUGCAUGUUAAUAGUGCACUUUAUUGUAUAGAUUAAUUAUUUUUUAUUUUAUUACAAGACAUCAAAUGGAAUUGUUGGGAUUGUCACAAUACAUAUUGCUGCAAAGCAGUUUUAUCAGGAGUUAUGCAUUACAACAAUGGAAAGGACGCAUCCAAAGAUGGAGUUUAGGGGACUGUGUAUUAAUAGUAGAUGUAUCGUGACAAUAUCAUGAUAUAGUGAUGGUAUCAGCUGCCAAUAUUAUGGUACUGCAUGACAUUCUACUUUAAAGCAUUUAAAUAAAUACCACUUUAAUUAUAUAUGUAUAU